AUGUCGUGCCAACGCUGCCCGAGCAUUACUCAAGCCCUAUAUCGUGCAUUUGUACUCCCAGCUGUUCACACAUCAGCAACGAAACGACCCCUCCUACCUCAUAUCCUCUCAAAACCACAAUCAUGGCCAUCGAAGACCAGAUCUUUCUCCCAAACUCCCUUUCACUACGCCAAAACCCGCGCCCCAGAAGAACGCAGCCACAAAUGGAACAACGAAAUCACCCACAGACACAUCUACCUCGUUGAUCAGACCACCGGCCGCCUCGAAGGCGUCGACCCAGAAACAGGCGAAGGGGAGCCCACACUCUACAAGACAUGGGACAUAAUGAACGACAUGGAUGACAAAACGCACCGUCUCGUUCAAAUGAGCCCCGACGAACCGGAUAACUACGAUUUCAUUCCCGUCUGUAAGAUCGUAUCGAAAAAGGAAGACUACGACCGCCAGAAGAAAAGGAAGAAGCAGGAGAAGCAGAAGCAGAAGGUACAGGCGAUUACUAGUCAUGAGGCGAUGAAGACGGUGGAGUUGAACUGGGCGAUCGAUAAGAAUGAUCUUGGGCAUAGGCUGGGGAAGAUCAAGGGAUUUUUGGAUGAGGGACGGAGGGUCGAAGUUGUGUUGGCUAGUAAGAAGCAAGGGAGGAAGGCGAGUAAGGAGGAGUGUGAGGAGGUGUUGAAAAUGGUGCAGGGGGUGGUGGCGAAGGUUGAUGGAGCGAAAGAGAAGGAGGCGCUGCAGGGCAAGCUUGGUGGGUUUGCUACUUUGGUGUUGCAGGGAAGACCGAUCAAGGCUGGUGCUGGAGGCAGUGGAGGCGCGGCGAAGAAAAGCGAGGAGGAUGAUACCCAGGAGCAGUGA